AUGAGUUCGGAAGAGAGCGGAAAUUCCGAACACAUUUCAAGAAGAAACUGGAGCAUGGAGAGACCAGCAGCGGAAAGCCACACCCCGGAGGCUGUUGCUUAUGGCUGUGACGAGGAACCGGAAGCGAACAGUGGUCGCGAAACUUCCGGCCGUGGAAUCAUCGCCGUUUCGGAUUCUGAUGAUGACGGGGCCACAGAGUCAUCUGGAGGAAUGAGCAGCAAGCAGCAGAAGUCCAGGAACCGCGUGGCAAAAGACCGCCAGAAGAAGGCCUCCGCCUACCGUAGAAUCAUCGCCGUUUCGGAUUCUGAUGAUGACGGGGCCACAGAAUCAUCUGGAGGAAUGAGCAGCAAGCAGCAGAAGUCCAGGAACCGCGUGGCACAAGCCCGCCAGAAGAAGGCCUCCGCCGGCCGUGGAAUCAACGCCGUUCCGGAUUCUGAUGAUGACGGGGCCACAGGGUCUUCUGGAGGAGAGAGCAGCCAACAGCAGAACCACAAGAACCACGUGGCACAAGCCCGCCAGAAGAAGGCCUCCGCCGGCCUUGGAAUCAACGUCGUUUCGGAAGACGGGGCCACAGGGUCUUCUGGAGGAGAGAGCAGCCAACAGCAGAACAGCAAGAACCACGUGGCACAAGCCCGCCAGAAGAAGGCCUCCGCCGGCCGUGGAAUCAACGCCGUUCCGGAUUCUGAUGAUGACGGGGCCACAGGGUCUUCUGGAGGAGAGAGCAGCCAACAGCAGAACCACAAGAACCACGUGGCACAAGCCCGCCAGAAGAAGGCCUCCGCCGGCCUUGGAAUCAACGUCGUUUCGGAAGACGGGGCCACAGGGUCUUCUGGAGGAGAGAGCAGCCAACAGCAGAACAGCAAGAACCACGUGGCACAAGCCCGCCAGAAGAAGGCCUCCGCCGGCCGUGGAAUCAACGUCGUUUCGGAUUCUGAUGAUGACGGGGCCACAGGGUCUUCUGGAGGAGAGAGCAACAGCUUGGAACGGGAGAAAUACGGAGUCCGCACACCGCCAAGCAAUGACCAGCGCCGCAGCUCACACUCGAUAGAACAAUCCGGGAGUGAAGCAUCGAACAACGGAGAACCCGAAAGAUAA